AUGAAGAAGGCAGAACUCCCGGCCCUGGUGGGAUUUUCUGUCUCCUUGCUGCUCGCUGUGGCCCUGAGUGGAGCCUGCCCUCCCUCCUGCAGCUGCAUGUCCCUGGGAGACAGGAAGGGUUUGCUCGUUGACUGCAGCUCGCAGGGGCUGCGGGAAGUGCCUGCCCUGCCCGUCGACACCAGGAGCCUUUAUCUGCACAACAACAGCCUGACCACAGUUCCUCCCGGCUCCCUGGACAGCCUGAGCAGCCUGCAGGAGCUGAGAGUAUUUGACAACCCCUGGGACUGUGACUGUCGUAUCCUGUACCUAAAACUCUGGUUGGAAGAGGUCUCUGUCCCCUCUCUUGCCAGUGUCAGGUGUGCAAGUCCAGCUCCCCUGAGGAUGAAGCCCUUGGUGCAGCUGACUGGGAACGAGCUGGGGGCUUGUAAGAGACUCCUCCCCACCAAGUGCCUUGAGUUCUUUUGGCGAGACCUCAUUUUAGUUGCUGGAGCAAUAAUUACACUGAUUUUAGUAGCCUGGGCUCUGAAACACUCCAAAAAGCUGCUCUGCCAAAUAAGGCUCAGCAGAUACGACUCUCGGGGCUACUGCCUGUUGAGGAGGCACAGCUCCAAAACCUACAAGAUCCAGUGA